AUGGCGGGGGUGGGGAUUUUAAUUAGAGAUGCAGCGGGUCAGAUGAUCGAUGCCUGCAGUAAAAAACUUGAUGCUCCUCUAGGUGCCAUGGAGGUUGAAGCUAAGGCUGUUGAGUUGGGCCUUAAAUUCGCCAAAGACAUGUCUAUACAGGACUUCACGCUUGAGGGUGAUUCGUUGUCUCUAGUUAAUGCUUUGAGGGAGUUAUCUCCUCCUCCAUUAUCUGUUGCUGCUCUGGUUUAUAGUUCCAUUACUGUUGCUCAUAGCUUCCGUCACGUAGAUUUCGCUCAUGUUGGUCGAAAUGGAAAUAAGCCAGCUCAUUUACUUGCUAGACAUGCUUUAGGCAUUGCAGAUUUAUCUGUUUGGGUUGAAGAGACCCCUUGUUUUCUUGAACAAGCUCUCAAACAGGAUGUAUUUGUCAAUUUUUUUGAUUAA